AUGGCCACGUUAAACUUCGCACCAUUCAACUAUGGCUCUGAGACUUGGGAGUCUUACACGGCUCGGUUUGAAUGUUUUUUGGUCGCCCACGACCUCACCGAGCUAACAGAUGAGCGAAAAUGUGCAUUUUUCCUGUCCGUCUGUGGCACAGACGUUUUCCACACCGCCACAGCUCCUGAGCCCAUCAAGGCCGUUCCAUGGCCCGUGCUGAUGGCGAAGCUAACGAGCCAUUAUGCGCCAUUUCCGUCCAAGAUAGCCCGCCGCCAUGUGUUCCACCAGCGGAGCCAAGCUGAGGGGGAGUCCGUCAGCGCCUAUGUUGCAGCGCUACGAUCGGCCGCUCUUCACUGCGAGUUCCGAGAUCUGGAUGAGGCCCUCCUCGACCGUCUCGUGUGUGGCCUGAGGGACCUCAAAUUACAGAAACGGCUGCUGACCAAAACAGAUCUUUCAUUCCAAACUGCUUUCGAUGAGGUUCGGGCUUCCGAAAUGGCCGCGGCAUCCCUGGCGACCAUUGCAAAGGCCCGGUCCGCCACCGCAGCGCAGUCUGCCAAUGCCUUUAACACAGAUACCGGUCUGCCAGACUCCGAAAGCGAAGAUUCCGAGUCUGAAACCCAGGGUGAGGGCAUUAACCGCCUUGAGGAGGCGAAUAGAAAGAGCUGGCAUCGGCGGAAGGGCGACCCUAAAUCUGCAUGUAGUGGUUGCGGAGGCAACCACGAAAGAGCUGAGUGCAGAUUCAGGCAAGCCCUCUGCCAGCGGUGUGGCAGGAAGGGCCACAUCGCUCGGGUGUGCCGAGCCGCGCAGCCCAUGCCCUGUCCAGAAUCCCAAGCCAACCGGUCUCGACAACAUCGAACUCGGACAGAGGGCCCCAAGAAGGCCAGGAUGGAUUGCCAUGCCAUCCUCCGGAAUGCUACCCAGGGUCUCUCGUGCCACCAGCUGCAAAAGAAGAUACAGCUAACCGUGACUGUGGAAGGGAAACCGUGCGAGAUGGAGCUCGACACCGGUUCUGCAACCUCUAUUGUGUCAUGGAGCACAAUGAAGCGCCUUGUGCCGCAGCUGUCAAAACGCCAAUUACAAAACUGUAACCUGAUGUUACGGGACUAUCAGGGAAACCUGAUUCCAGUCAUCGGCACUCGCAAGGUCAGAGUACAAUUCAAGGGGUUUGACGGCCGCUUACCCCUCAUCAUAGUCGAAGGCCGGUUGCCCAGCCUUCUCGGCCUUGACUGGUUCCAGUCCCUCGGUCUGCAGAUCAGCGGCAUCCACAACCUCGGCGCAUCUGCCCUCGAUUGCCUGGUCAACGAAUUCCCUACUGUGUUCGAUGGCUCGCUGGGCAAAUACACAGGCACGCCCGUGUCUUUCAACCUUGACCCAUCAGUGCAGCCGGUGCGUUUGAAGCCACGCCGAGUUCCCAUCGCUCUCAAACCAAAGGUGGAUGCCGAGCUGGAAAAACUAGUGGCUCAAGGCAUCCUUGAACCAGUGGACCAUGCCAGAUGGGAAACACCCAUUGUGUUACCCAUCAAGCCAGAUGGCAGCGUAAGGAUUUGCGCUGACUACCGCUGCUCCAUCAACCGUGCCCUGCCUUCCAACGCAUACCCGGUGCCAGUGGUCCAGCACUUGCUGCACACCUUGGGCGAGGGAACUGUUUUCGCGAAGCUCGACCUCGCCCAAGCUUAUCAACAGCUGGUGGUGGACGAUGAAGCAGCGGAAGCACAGACGAUUAUAACACACAGAGGCGCUUUCCGUUGCCGCAGACUUCAGUUUGGGGUCAGCAUCGCCCCAGGACUGUUCCAGAGUUUAAUGGAGCGGCUGCUCCAAGGACUCCGAGGCGUCGUCCCCUAUUUUGACGACGUCCUCGUGUCAGCCACCUCCAUGGAUGAACUAAUGGCCCGUUUGCGCUUAGUCCUCCAACGUUUCCAACAAGUGGGACUGAAGGUCAAGAGAGAUAAGUGCCAGGUUGCGGUAGCCCAGAUAGAAUUCCUUGGUUUCCUCAUUGAUGGCAGUGGCAUCCACCCCACGGCUGCCAAGACCAAAGCCAUCGUGGAGGCCCCUGCCCCCACUAACAGAGCUGAGGAAGCAUCCGCUUUCCAAGCUGUCAAACACUUCCUCGUCUCCAACGAUGUCCUAGUUCAAUACAGCGAGCACUUGCCUCUCGUACUCGCUUGUGACGCUUCCCCCUACGGGGUGGGCACUGUCCUUUGCCACCAGUUACCCAGCGGAGCAGAGGUGCCAGUUGCCUAUUUUUCGCGCACGCUCUCUGCCUCUGAACGUAACUAUGCCCAAAUUGAUAAAGAGGCUCUUGCCAUUGUGGCUGGGGUGCGCCGGUUCCACCAUUACUUGUACGGCCGCCCAUUCCAAAUUGUCACCGAUCACAAGCCCCUACUCGCGUUGCUGGCCGGAGAUCGCCCAGCCCCUCAGAUUCUCUCCCCACGCAUGACCCGCUGGUUUGUGUUCCUCGCGUCCUACGACUACCAGCUACACCACCGACCGGGGAAGCAGAUCGCCCACGCCGACGCCCUCAGCCGUUGCCCUCUCCCAGAGGCCCUGGAAGAUCCUGCUGCCGCCGCACCUGUUUUCCUUAUUGACGACCUCAACCUUCCUCUCUCUGCCGCCGACAUCGCCCGCGUGUCCGCAAGGGAUCAGGUAAUAUCCCGGGUGCUAGACUGGGUUAAGCGAGGGUGGCCGAAAGACCCCGUAGACCCCGGUUACCUUCCCUUCAAAUCACGCCUGGCGGAGCUAUCCGUUCAGCGCGGCUGUUUACUGUGGGGCCAUAGGGUAGUCGUACCGGCCUCACUGAGGACUACCGUCCUGCGACAGCUGCAUCACGCUCACCCCGGAAUUGUCCGGAUGAAAGCCCUAGGUAGAAGCUACGUUUGGUGGCCCAAGCUUGACCAAGACAUAGCCGACCAUGUCGCCGGCUGCCCACAAUGCCAAGGCGCCCAGGCGCUGCCGCCUAAAGUGGAGCCGCGCACGUGGGAGCCCCCAUUCACCCCAUGGUCCUGA